CGGUGAUUGGUUUUCCGAGGGCUAGCAGCGCGGACGCUUAAAUAGUCGUGAAAAUGUUAUCAUUCGAUACGGGCGGAUAAGCUAGAUGAUAUGAGAAGGAAAAAAGAGCCCAAUUAUAUCUUAGUGCAAUCGAUUAGCGACAUCGCUGUUAAAAAAUAGUAUGCAAAUUGUGAAGAUGAUAGAUAAACGAUUGUCCCAUCGGCAGCUGAAAGGAUUAAUGGCGGCCUUCGGUGUCCGAUUGCCGGUGGAACAACUUAGGAUUAGUGCAGUCAUUGUGAUUAUUGCCGUUGGACUGCUGGGAGGGAGCGAUGCAGUGUCUAAAGAUGGCUUAGUGGACCUAAUCGAAGAGUUUGGCAUACCCAAACUUCCAUCCGGUGUGACAGCAGCUCCGGGAAUGUGUAAUGAAACACGCAACGAGUAUCAAACCUACCCAGCGGCAGCAUAUAGCCUGAACCGAGACACCGUGCUCAGCAUAGGAACGACCCAGGUUUUCCCAAAUGGCUUCCCAACGGAUUUUUCGAUCCUCGCCGUGCUAAAAGCCUCCCCCAAUUUGGUACGAGUUCCACUGUUUUCGGUGUACUCAUCCGAUUCUGAGGAGGUUCUAAUGCUGAUGGUUGGAAUGGAAGUUGCCUUGUACUACCAGGACACGGAUGGAAAUCCGGAAGAGGAAAGCUUGAUCAGUUUCGGAGUGAGCAUCGAUGAUGAACGGUGGCAUCGGCUGGGAAUCAGCGUCAAGGGAGACUCCGUUACCUUGAUCAUGGAUUGUCACCAGCAGAUUACUCGGCGAUUGAGACGGGAACCUGGUUCGGUUAUUUCUACCGAUGGAUUGGUUUUGACAGGUGUGCAACUCAACGAGGAUGAUGGAUUUUUCACUGGAGAUCUUCAACUAUUCAUGUUUGCCAAUACUCCAGAUGAAGGCUUUCACAUAUGUACCAAAUAUGCUCCUGAUUGCUUAGGGGCAGAAGGAUAUGGCUCAACGCAUGUAAUUUCGAACGUUCAUUCAGUUCACACUACAUCAGGACUGAAUGGGUCAUCUUCUUCACAUCACCAAAGUCAAGGUUACGGCAAUACAAGAGAUCAAGUCAAUAGAUUUGUUGGUACAUCUUCGGGUUCAUCUGCUGACAACUAUGAAGGACAUCGAGAGUUUGUAGAUAUAACUGGUGAUGCGGACGGUUUGGAGAUCAUUGGAGAGGAUGAUGAGUAUUAUAACAAUUUAGAACUGGAAGGCGAAGACAAACAGGUCGAGCACCAACAGUAUAGUACAAGUACGCAAAGAAGCAAUGAUGAAUGGCAUCGAGUGGAAGUCAAUAGGUCAAAUCCUGGUGUUUACGAUCAGACUGGACGAAGACCAAUUCUACCGCUGCCGGAUCCAGAGUUUGAUUCAUCGGCUUCAAAUAAUAAUCGACCUGAGGGAGGGCAACCAACUGUGGAAAGUGAUCAAGAACCUAUUAUUGAUCCAUCUGAGGACACUUCUGUGUCAUUCCCCGCAUCAGCCUCCGGCAACUAUAGCAUUACCGGCUUUCGAACAAUAAUGGGACCCAGAGGUCCUCCCGGAGAUCCGGGACCGAAAGGUGAACCUGGUCGUGACGGAUUACCGGGGCAGAAUGGUCCUCCAGGUCAAGCAGGUCAUGUGUUCAUGAUUCCUUUGAGUCAAACAGCCAACGAGAAGGGUCCCGACUCACAGGCGGAGGCAUUCCGCGCAAUGUUAUCCCAGCACAUGAUGGCGAUGAGAGGCGUCGAUGGCCCCUUGGGCCUGACAGGUGUUCCCGGACCAGUUGGUCCACCCGGUCCGGAAGGAACAAAAGGUGAACCAGGUGACACCGGAGAGCCCGGGCCUCGAGGCUUGCGGGGAUCUCAUGGACUUCCCGGUCGCGAAGGAAGACGAGGGCGAGCCGGAAGGGAUGGUGAAAGAGGAAAUGUCGGUUUACAUGGUCCUAAAGGAGAACCAGGGUCGGUCGGGUUGCCGGGUAUGCCUGGAGAGAAAGGCGAGCGUGGUAGACAUGGUAACGUUGGCGAAAAGGGAACGCAAGGUCAUGAAGGAAUUCAGGGAGAAGAUGGACCGCCAGGAUUACCCGGUCUUCCUGGAGAGUUAGGUCCUCGUGGUUUCGCAGGACCUCGUGGUUUCCCAGGUCCAACAGGCAAUCCCGGAAUUCCUGGAACUGAAGGGUUGCCGGGAGUUAAAGGGAACCCCGGUCCACAAGGUCAACCAGGUGCACCAGGUCAAACUGGUACUUCAGGACCGGUUGGUCCUCCAGGUCCUCAAGGAAAUAUGGGACCGCCAGGAAUUCAGGGUCCUCAUGGAAAACCUGGCCUGCCCGGGUUGCCCGGAGCAGAUGGUGCACCAGGGCGUGAAGGGAAUCCUGGGAUCGUUGGCCCUAAAGGUGAUAUGGGACCGCAAGGAGUGCAGGGAUCAAUAGGCUUUCCCGGAAACCGAGGCCCAAAAGGUGACGACGGCGAACGCGGUUCUCCAGGUGAUAGAGGUGAUAAAGGUGAACGGGGCCACGAUGGUGAAAAGGGUGAUAUGGGACCGCCAGGAGAACGAGGAUCAACUGGCCCACAAGGAAUCACCGGUAUUGAAGGACCAGAAGGACCUAAGGGAUUCGAAGGUCCUCGCGGAGAAUCGGGUCAGAUGGGAUUAUCCGGAGAAAAAGGCAAACAAGGUGUUCAAGGAUUUGCUGGAUAUCCUGGUCCGACAGGUGACAAGGGUGAUAAAGGAUUGGUUGGCAUUACUGGUUUGGUUGGCGAUAAAGGUGAACGGGGAAAUACGGGACUUCAAGGAGAACGGGGAGAGAUGGGUCCCAGGGGAUUCCGAGGACCACGAGGACGACGAGGAGCCGAUGGAACUCCUGGACCUAAAGGUGACACCGGGCAACCAGGAGCACCGGGGGCACAAGGUGAAAUGGGUGCUCAAGGUAUGGAAGGUCCACGUGGUUUCAUAGGCCUUCCUGGACCACCAGGCAAUAAUGGUAAAGACGGUCCUCAAGGCACGCCGGGUGAACGAGGCCCACCGGGAGAAAACGGUAAUCCUGGCCCAACUGGUGCUCCGGGCGUAAUCGGUCCGCAAGGGCCAACGGGUGAACCAGGUCCUGUUGGUGAACCAGGAAUACCGGGAUUGUCAGGAAUGCCUGGUGAACCAGGAGUUCCCGGAGACAGUGGCAAAGAAGGGCAAGUUGGUCCUCCUGGACCACCUGGCAAGAAUGGCCCUCCUGGUGGACAAGGUCUACCAGGAUUCCCCGGAGAACGAGGAAUGAUGGGAAUGCCUGGCCUACCCGGAUUGAAAGGAGAGAUAGGUGUACCUGGUCUACAGGGUCCGGUUGGUGACAAAGGCCAGCCUGGUGAUCCUGGAAAAGAAGGUCCACCUGGACCUGAGGGCCGAAGAGGGCCAACAGGACCCACAGGGCCAGCUGGUUUGAAGGGUGAACGAGGUGAAAUGGGACUAAUGGGACCGAUUGGACGUGACGGGUUGCCGGGUCAACGUGGCCUAACAGGACCUCCUGGACCGCAAGGUCCACCAGGUGAAGAUGGCGAUAAAGGAGACAUUGGACCGCCCGGAGAAAAGGGGUACAAAGGUGCGCAGGGCGAAGCUGGUCCUGUUGGUUCGGCCGGUCCUCAAGGCAGUCGUGGUGAACCAGGAGCAAUAGGACCUCCAGGCGAGAAGGGCCCACCCGGUGAGAUGGGACGUGCUGGAUCAAAGGGAGAAGAUGGGCCGACUGGGCUUCCCGGCCCACCUGGGCCAGCAGGUGCACAAGGAAUGCCUGGACCAUCAGGGAUUAAGGGAGAUCGUGGUGAUGAUGGGCCUAUUGGACCUACUGGAUCAAUCGGACCACCGGGCGAACCAGGUAGACGAGGACCACGCGGUGCUGAAGGAGCUCCUGGUGCCACUGGUCCACCAGGACCGCAAGGAUUGAUUGGUGAAACUGGAUCACAGGGUCCUCCAGGUCCAGAUGGACCGGAAGGAAAGGAUGGCGAAAAAGGUUCUCCUGGUCCAAAAGGUGAAGAAGGCAAAAGUGGUCAACCUGGGCCACCAGGAAAGAGAGGACCGGCGGGCCCAGAAGGCCCAAAGGGUGUAGCGGGACCUCCUGGUUUUCCUGGAAAUCCUGGAGAACCCGGUGUUGUUGGACCCAAGGGUGAAACCGGAAAAGAUGGCGAAGAUGGAAAACAAGGUGAUGCUGGGCAAUCUGGUGAUCCAGGGCCACCCGGUCUGCCAGGUGAGGUAGGACCACCAGGUAAAAUGGGACCUGAAGGCGCAGCGGGAAUGCAAGGAUCGGCUGGCUUACCAGGGGAAAAAGGAGACAGAGGACUUCCAGGACCAAUCGGUAAUCCUGGUCUUAUUGGUCCGCAAGGAAUGCCAGGAUCUCAAGGACUGACUGGCCUUCGAGGAUCGCCGGGUCCUUCUGGAGAAAUUGGGCCUGUUGGCAAAUCAGGAGAGUCGGGAGCACCGGGAAAGAUUGGAGAAACCGGUUCAAAGGGUCAGAAAGGUGACCGAGGACGACGUGGUUUGAAAGGACAUAGAGGCGAACUUGGUAUGGUUGGAUUAAAAGGUGAUAGUGGCGAGAAAGGUGAUAAGGGCGUUAGAGGUAAUCCUGGCCCAGAUGGACCAAAAGGACCCCCUGGCCCGGUUGGCCCUAUUGGAUUGAAGGGAAAUGACGGCCCUCAGGGUCCUCAUGGAAAUGAAGGACCAGUAGGCCCGAAGGGUUCAGAAGGCGUGGCUGGUCUAAAGGGUGAGUCAGGGCCAUCGGGACCACCGGGGCCACCAGGUCCCCCAGCAGAAGCUCCCCUGAUUCCACCAGAGCUGUUAUUCAGAAUGUCCGAAUUUUCAAUAACGAAAGGCGAAGAUCGAAUGAAACGAGAAGCGGAUGACAUUCCGGAAGAGGAUGAUGACUUUGAUGAAGAGCUGUUGAAGAUUGAGCCAAAGAAGAAAAAGAAAAAGAAGAAGGUCAAGGACGAUUUGGGUCCGAAGUUUUUGGAUAUGUACAGCUCCAUCUACUCCAUGCGGCAGGAACUCGAUCGAAUAAGGAAACCCGUUGGAGCCAGGGAAAAUCCUGGCAGGACUUGUCGUGAUUUGCACUACGGUCAUCCGCAAUUCAAGGACGGUUGGUACUGGAUCGAUCCGAAUCUGGGUAUGGCGGAUGAUGCCGUGUACGUCUACUGUAACAUGACGGCUGAGGGAGAAACUUGCGUCUUUCCGGAUUUGCACAGCUCUCAGAUGCCGAAUAUCCCCUGGAGAAAGGAAAACGAUAAGACAGAUUGGUAUUCAAAUCUCAGAGGCGGAUUCAGGAUUUCGUACGAAACGGUCGGAGUUGUCCAGAUGACAUUCCUACGGUUACUGUCCGAAGGCGCUUAUCAAAAUUUCACGUACACCUGUAUGAACAGUGUGGCUUGGUACAGCACUCAGGAAGACAACCAUGACGAUGCAAUCCACUUCCUUGGGGACAACGAGAUCGAUAUGGGUUACGAGAAUUCUAAACUGCGACCGAACAUCCUGAUGGAUGGCUGUAAAACAGGCAAAAGCAAGAGUGAAACAAUUUUCGAAAUUCGAACGACUAAAUUGCAGUACCUUCCCAUAAUCGAUUUCUACCCUGUGGAUUACGGUCAACCACAACAGGCAUUCGGUUUCCAAGUGGGUCCCGUGUGCUUCAAAUAGUUGGGGUUCCCGGUUAUCAAGACAAACUGCUACAUGUUUAUUGGAUAUGAUUCACGGAAGAUUGAUACGGAUGACGCUAGAUUAUUUGUUUGCAUUCAGCAAGAAGUAUUCCUAUAGGGUAACUGAUGCAGUUAUGCUAUGCGCACAAGUUAUGGCACAUUUCCAUAUACUCGAUGGUAUCAGUUAUGGCCCUACUACAUUUGAAUCCCAUAGACUAUUGCUGGUACAUGCUAAAACUGGUGCCAUUUUGAAGUAGUGCUGAGCUGGUGCACCUUCCCUAAGAUGUUAAGUAAUUUAUUUGUAAGAAAUUAGCAAUAAGGUACAAAGACACACACACAAAUAGAAUAAUACAAAGGGGAACUAGGCUAAACUUAGGUAAGAACGAAACUACAAAGGACUGAAUAACAUCAUAAGUCAGGAGGGGAAUCUACCAUCAAACAUCUUUGACUUAGUUGUAAAUGUAAAACAAACAAAAAGUAACUCGAUAUAAGUACACACACAUGCUCAUUCAAACGAACUAAGAUCCCGAAUCACUGCCACAAAACCUGAUUUGUGAAUUGU